CACCAAUUGAUUAUCCCCAAAACCUCCACCUACUUGGCUGCUGCGUACACCUUUUUUCCCUUUCUACCCCUAAUUCUUUCAUUGCCUCAACGAUCGUACCGAUUAUCCAUCAUUUGAUUUCUAUUGAUAGAACUUUCUCGCAAAGAUGGAUUUUCAGAAGCUGAUGGCGCAGGCCACGGCAGUGGCCAAACAGCAAGACGCAGCACUCGCCGAGAAAGCACGACGACGUCGACGAGAAGAAGAGCAACGUCGAAUGCAAGAAGCCAAAGCCGAACGAGAACGAGAACGUUUAGAACAAUUGCGACAAGAACGACAAAAGAAUGAGCGAUCGCUUAAAGAGAAGAAAAAGCGCGGCAAGGAAACCACAGCUCUUGGAGAUAUUAAGAAAGGCAAGCUUUCAACGACAACAACGAAAAAGAAUAGUAAAUCGAACGCUGUCUCUGCUGCUCUCGCACGGUUAAAGCCGCAAACAAAGAAGGAUAUGUCUUUUGAAGAAUUAAUGAAGCAUGCCAACAAGCUACCAACGAAACGAUCUGACGUUACAACAAAGAAAGAACCACUUGCAGCCACCAAAAAGGAAGAACGAUCAGUCGUUUCAGGCAAACGACCACCGGCAUCCUCGACUACAACUACACCUAGCCAUACCCCGCGUAGCAACUCCAUCAACAGCAGCGACAAUAAUCAUAUACAUAAUUCAAACAUCUAUCAAAGGCGACGACCGACUGUAUCACGAACCUCCAAUCCAGUGUCAGCAACACCCUCCAACAUGUCUGCACGAGACAAAGUUCGACAGAUGAUGCGACAACCUCCUCAAAAACUCAAUACCCAGAAACGCGAUCUUCGAAGUGUCAGCGAGAUUCAGCGCGACAUCCGUCAUAGAAAAGGCAUAUACUCGGACGAUGAAGGCGAUGUUAGAAAUGAUCCUCGGUUACUCCAGAACAAACAGCGUUCAGUAUCUGAACAUCGAUAUAGCUCGUCAAGAGCACCGCCUGCACCGCCUGCAAGGCAUUUUCCUGCCGGGAAGCGCCCGGCUGCUGCAUCAAUCGACCGCGGCAGCGAUGCGUCUAUGCGACGAAUGCCGUUCAUGCGUCCACCCCCAGGAAGAAGACGACAUUUGCCGCAGCAGUUUGACGAGGAGGCUGAUGAAGAAAUGGAUGAUUUUGUUGUUGACGACGAAGAAGAGGAAGAGUCGAAUGAUUAUUCAGCUGAAAUUGGUCGGAUUUUUCGAUACAACAAAAAGAGAUUCCGCGAUGAAAUGUACUCGGAUGACGAUAUGGAAGCAGAUGCACGGGAAGUGCUACGAGAAGAGAAACGAAGUGAGAGAAUUGGAAGACGUGAAGAUAUUGAGGAGGAGAAACGUGAGUUGGAGCGACAGAAGCGGUUGCGGACCAAAGAGAAAACUCGCCCUUGAAGAAGGCUUAAUGUAAACUCAUUGGUCUUGGUGAAUUUCUUUAUCCAUUGCGUUGAAGAUGGUGGCUAUGUUAAGUAUAGAAGCACGCAACGGUUUAUCCACAAUAGCAUUAAUUUUUCUUUCUUUCCUCCUUUGACAUCCAUGUAAUCAUACUUUCCUCUAUUAAUUCAUUUGAACGUCAUUUUUUCUCUCUUUGUAUUUUUCUUUUUCUUUGCUCAACACAAACUCCAUUACAUAUUCUCACAUCAUCGCAAAACCCUCUUCAAGUUCAUAUACAGUAGACUGCUUGGUUAUUGGCUGAAAAGGGAUUCCAUAUAGCCCCCCUUCUUCCACAAUCAAGCAAUAACAAUAUACAUACAGCAAUCAUCACCCACUUUGAAAAGUUAUGCAUUAUCGAUAAAACA